UACUACAGCACACCAAUGCUCUUUUAUAUCCUCACGUCGUCAAUAUAGUUCUUGCCAUCGUUCGUAUUCUUAUCGUCUUCGCGUACCGUUCAGCUAUGGUGAACUGGAAAGAUCCCGCUGUGGAAAAAGUCUGUGCCAUCAUAUACAGUCGGAUGUCUGCUGUGCUGCUUGGUGUAUACUUAUGGUACUUCUGUGUUACCUUUAAGACUGUAGAAGGAGCUCUUAUCCUUCGCAAGUUGAGAUUUUCACUCACCUUGAUUCCAUAUUUUCUUGGACGAUAUAGCACAGCUGUUUCUGUCAUCUCUGAUGAAAAUCGACCAGCAGGGAGCCCGGAGGAUGAACGACAAAGUACGUUUGGCUUAAGACAGGUAACGGUAGUCUUGUUGCAAACACAUAAAGAAAACAAGUAUGCUACGGAUUCGUGUACGCUACGAUCUACAUAAGGUUCAUGCUCCGACCGCUAAUCUCCAUGAGUCGCCGAAGCGCCCAAUUUACAACACACCCACUCGCUAAAGGCGACGAAUAACAAAGUCACCCACUGAAU